AUGACCUCCCCAACCCAGCCGACGCUCCUCAUUUCCUCCUCCCCGUCCUCCUCCCCCCUCGUCGAGGACAUCAUAGCCAGCGCCCUCUCCUCAGGCACCCGCGCCGCAGCGUGCGGAAAACUCACCAUCACGCCCAUCACGACCCCAGACUCCUACCGCACAGCUCUCAACAACGUGACGUCGAUCUUCCACCCGGCCCCCGUCGACGAGAACGGCGAGCCUGAGACGAACGAGGCGCUUGCCCUCCUCGACGCGACGAUGAAGUACGGCACGUUUGUGCGCAAGGUUGUCUACGCUGCGCCGUCGCUCGGAAGCCAGGAUGAAGGGUGGAACCUGCAAGGGGCGACGGAGUGA